UGGAAUCCUUUUAUGAUAAAUGAGGUUGCCAUAGCAAUGGCAUUCCCCUCUCUCCUCCGGUGAUGUGGGGGCGGGGGACAGAAACCUUCCUGUCAGCUCUUUCCCCACUUUUAGUGGUCCACGGAGGAGUGGCUUUGGUUACUUGACUAGCCAAAUCCUGAGAAUGGAUCUUGUAGACUUUUUCUUGCCUAACACCUUUCAGGCCGGAGAGGAAAAGGGGGCGGGCCUGAGGGGGAAGGCUUUUCAGCCUCGGAGUGGUUCAGUGUGUACUGGUGUAAGUCAAAAAUGUGGUUCUGCAACUCUGCUACAUUUUAUGGGAAAGUGAGUUUCCCACCAUUGUGUCCAGACACUGACGGAGCUGCAAUGUGCAUGUUUGAUUAUGUGAGCAUGAGAAACAGACUGAAUUUUGAGAGUCGCACAGGAAGAGGCUGAGUUCAGAUAACGCUGGAGCUUCGAGGGUGAAAGCAGACCACUCUUGGCAAAGCUUUUUUUAGCGUCUUUCUGGACUGCGCUUGUUUUUGUCUGCUUGUGGCUGCGGAGUGUUGACAUCCUGCUAUUGAGACGGAGCGUGGCUGUUCACGGUGUGGCGCUGCCUAGCCAGCGGUGAUCGUGGCUUUGCUGAGCUACAGGGCCACAUGCCAUGGGCUGCGUUUUCUCCCUGCCAGAAGACAGGAGAGAUGCUGCCGAGAGAAACACAAGAAUGUCAAGGGAGAGAGCGGAGGGCUGGGAAGCGCAGUAUUUGAGAUGGCUUCUGCACAAAAACUCCGCUCUUCGUACAAUGAGUUUCCCCUGAGAGUACUAUGUGUUUUUCAUGUGCUCAGAGCCCCCACGACGAGAGAAACAAGUUUCAUUGAGAAAAUGAAAAAAACAGGAAAGAACAUCAUUGUGUUCUACGGCUCCCAGACUGGCACUGCAGAGGAGUUUGCCAACAGACUCUCCAAAGACGCUCAGCGUUAUGGGAUGAAGGGAAUGUCUGCUGACCCAGAGGAAUAUGACAUGGGCGAACUAUCUCGUUUGUCUGAGAUCAAAAACUCGCUAGCCAUAUUCUGCAUGGCCACCUAUGGAGAAGGAGACCCAACAGAUAAUGCCCAGGAUUUCUAUGACUGGCUGCAGGAAAAUGAUGAUGAAGACCUCUCUGGACUGAACUUCACGGUAUUUUCCUUGGGCAACAAGACAUAUGAGCAUUACAAUGCCAUGGGGAAAUAUGUGGACAAAAGGCUGGAGGAACUUGGGGCCAAGCGCAUCUUUGACCUCGGUUUAGGAGAUGAUGAUGGCAACUUGGAAGAAGACUUUGUCUCGUGGCGAGAGCAGUUUUGGCCAGCUGUCUGUGAGCACUUUGGCGUGGAAGCCUUAGGAGAUGACUCAAGCAUACGGCAAUAUGAGCUGAAGGAGCACACUGACAUCAACAUGAAUAAAGUGUUCACGGGAGAGAUUGGCCGUCUCAAGAGUUUUGAGGUCCAGAAACCGCCAUAUGAUUCUAAAAAUCCCUUCAUGGCCCCAGUCACUGUCAACCGUAAACUCAACAAAGGUGGUCAGAGGCAUCUGAUGCACCUUGAAUUAGACAUUUCAGGCUCAAAGAUAAGAUAUGAGUCAGGAGACCAUGUGGCUGUUUUCCCUACCAACGAUGCAGCGUUGGUGAAUAAGUUGGGACAAGUCCUUGGUGUGGACCUUGAUGUGGUUAUCUCUCUCAACAACCUUGAUGAGGAGUCUAAUAAGAAACACCCAUUCCCCUGUCCCACAACGUACCGCACAGCUCUAACUCACUACCUCGACAUCACACACCCUCCUCGCACCAAUGUCCUCUAUGAGCUUGCACAAUACGCUUCGGACCCUCAAGAACAGGAGAAUAUGCGCAAGAUGGCCUCCUCCUCUGCUCAGGGCAAGGCGCUCUACCAGAGUUGGGUACUGGAGCCCUGCAGAAACAUUCUUGCCAUUCUGGAGGACAUGCCCUCUUUAAAGCCUCCCAUUGACCACCUGUGUGAGCUUCUGCCUCGUCUGCAGGCUCGAUAUUACUCCAUAGCCUCCUCCUCGAAAGUUCAUCCGAACAGCAUCCACAUCUGUGCUGUGGUCGUGGAGUACAAGACCAAGACGAACCGUAUCAACAAGGGAGUAGCCACAAACUGGCUGAAGAACAAAUUGGUCACUGAUAACGGCCACAAAUCUACUGUUCCCAUGUAUAUCCGCAAGUCUCAGUUCCGCCUACCCUUCAAGGCCAGCGUCCCGGUGAUCAUGAUUGGUCCUGGAACAGGAAUCGCUCCCUUCAUGGGCUUCAUUCAGGAGAGGGGCUGGCUCAAACAGCAAGGCAAGGAAGUUGGAGAGACAUUGUUGUUCUAUGGCUGCAGACAUAAGAAUGAAGAUUAUCUCUACCAGGAGGAGCUAGAGGAGGCUGAGAAGAAUGAAGUUCUAACACGGCUUAAUGUUGCCUUCUCCCGAGACCAGGAGCAAAAGGUUUAUGUGCAACACCUCAUGAAGAAAAAUAAGGAGAACAUCUGGAAACUCAUUCACUCAGAAAAUGCCCAUAUCUACAUUUGCGGUGAUGCAAGGAACAUGGCAAAGGAUGUGCAGACGGCCUUCUAUGAGAUAGCAGAAGAUGUUGAAGGCAUGACCCGCACCCAGGCCACAGACUACAUCAAGAAACUGAUGACCAAGGGACGUUACUCGCAAGAUGUGUGGAGUUAAAACUUUCAAACCCGGCCUUCAUCAUCACUUCAUUCACUUCUCAAGUGGUUGUUUUUAAUUUUUGGCAUCUGUUUUUGUUCUUUUUGUUUGAUUUAUUUUUUUAGGUCUUAUUUUAUUGUGCCUGAAUAUGAAAAUAUUUAACAGUCUUUCAUUUUCAUUCUGGUUCAUGAAGUUUAAAGUGGAAGCCCUACCUCUGCUGAUUAUUGAGUAAAACCAAUGCACAGCUUUAGCCUACUACUCAUCUGUGACAUACUGUAUGUGUAUAACUGGAUCAUCAGCACUUGUUCUUCAGCCUCCGAAAGCACUGUGCGGGUCCUCUGUGCUGUUAAUUUUAACUGGCUGUAAUAAGGGGUAAUUAUAUUAAUCUGGAGGGGUAUUCUUUCCUCCUCUUUAAACUUCAAAUUCUGGUGGUAAAAAAAAAAAAGAAAAUUUGCGGGUGCAAUACAACAAGUGUGUAGGGGUCGGCUGUAUAUAUGUUUCCUUCAGCGAUAAAUUACAAUCAAACAUGUUAUAAGAUAUGAAGAUUUUGAGGGAAGUGUUUUAGUUAACUGCCAUCAUAAUGUAAUGCAAUGUGCAGCUUUCUAUUUUGACAAGGGACCUUUACUGCUUGUUUUAAUCAGUAAUGAACUUGAAAUGCAGGUAGGUCGCAGGUGUCAAACUUUGGUCCCCGAGGGCCAUUAUCCUGCAUGUUUUCCAUCUCUCCCUGCUGCAACACACCUGAUUGAAAUGUUCGGAGGGAUGGAAAACAUGGAGAAAAGUGGGCCUAGAUAACCUGGGUUUGACACCUGUGAGCCAGGUGAUGCAAAUGGGAUUCUUUACUGUAUUCUACUUUAUAUAGGCAUGCAAUUUAAAACAAAAGAGAAUAGAAAAUGUAUAGAUACAAUGUAAAGUGUUACAGAAUUGAAAAAUCUGGCCUGUAACAGCGUUUGGCUUUAUAUUUUUUUUAAAUGCAUUUGACUGGUUUGUCCAAUGCCAGUAAUACUCAAACACAUCUGACUAUAUGUUUUAAUGCAACAGAUGUAUGUUGUCCAUUUAUGUACCACAAUAGGGAAACACUUCUCUCCGUACGUGGUCUGUGAUUUCCCAACAAAUUGUAUGUGAAGCAUGGAUUUGACGAGUAAACAAAUGUUGCCAUUAUGCUAGCCAGCUCGUGUGCAACCUGUGCCUUUUGAACACUGCCUUACAUAUUGGAUUUGUAUACCUGACUUCAAUUAUUUUACUUUUUCCUUCUGAAUAUUUCAUGUACUUUAACCAGACUGAGACACUUCGCUGAGUACUGUCACUUUUGUCUAUUCCUCUUUAUGAUGAAAUUACGCUUGCCUUUUUAUAUGUAAAUUAAUACAAAUUCAAGAAUGUGUCA